AUGGCGUCGAGGAAAAAUACUAGGAUAUGUGAGCAGGAGGAGGAGGGAGUAGGAAAGGUGGCCGUGGAGGCUGAGCAAGGGGAGGAGGAGGAACGAGUAGAGGAAGAGCCGUCAUUCAUCACCCCGCCGCCCGAGGCGGAGAUUCGUUACGCGGACCUGAGCGACGUACCCGCCGACGUGUGGGUGCGCAUCGCAAACGCAGCGGCGGAGAGAGAAGAGUGCUACUGCUCGUGGCCGCUCGUGCUGUGCGCCAUCGCCAUGCCGAGCGUGCGACGCGCACUAUCAGCGAGCAGCGAGCCUCUUUACUUCGAAGAAAAUUGUCAGUGUACCCCCUCCGCCGUCUCCCUCGCUCAACAAAUCCGCAGCUUCGCAUGGCUGACGAAGCAGCUCCAAAGCCCUUCGCAAUUCAACUUCACUCCCACUGAAGCGCCUCCCCGCCUCGUUUCCUCCCUCAUGCGCUCCUGCCUGUUCCCUUCCCUCUCCUCCAUCACCUCCUUCGAUUUCUGCUUCCCCCAAAGUCUCCCCUCCCAUCCGCGCCUCCUCUUCUCCCUCUCGCAAGCGCCGCGCCUCGAGUCGCUUUUUAUUCAGCAUUGCGAUCUGGCGGACAGCGAGAGUGCGGCUCCAAAUUACCAGUGCAACGAUCCCGUGAUGGUGGCCAAAAUAUGGGAAAUAAUAUCAAUCAUGGAGGAAAAGAAUCCGGACGACACUGCCAGGCUGUUUCCCGUGUUGCGCCGCCUCUGUCUCUCCCUCUCCGCCUGCUCGCCUCUCGUCCUCCGCUUCGUCGCCUGCCUCUCCUCACAGCUUCACUCUCUUGAUCUCGCAGCUGACGAUCAGUUCGUGGCACAGGAGGGCGAAGAGGCCGCUGAAAGCGGCGAGAACGCGCGUGAGAGGGACGCGGACGGGCGGAUGUCAUUUUCUCUUCACCUCCCGCUGGUCACUGACGUCAGACUCAAUGGCAUCAACUGCUUUAUCUCGCUCUCCGCCCCUCGCCUCUCCUCCCUCGCCUUUCACUGGCAGUCCCGCGAUUCCCGCCUGCUCCUGCUCCCCACCUGCCCCGCGCACCUGACAUCUCUUUUCCUUCGCACCGACCCGAUCUGUCCCUGGGCGUUGCACGCGCCGCACCUCACGUCGCUGCACUUCCUCUGCACUGACAUGGAUCCAGGGCAGGAGGCAUGCCUCCCUCCAGGUGCGAUAGAGACCGUCAAGGUCCUAGAAUGGCGAUAUCCUAUGGAUUUCCAGUCGCUGGAUCUGAGAGAUUGGCACGGCCUGCGUUGUCUCCAUGCGGUAGGCUGGGGCCCUGUACCUCUGUCGGUCUUUCGCUCAAGUGAGCUCUGGCCGUGUGACUUGGAGGGCAUGUUUUUCUCUGGUAUUGGGAGCGAGGUUGUGGGGUUUCUUGAGAGGGGGUUGGGAGGAGGCGAUUGGGGGGAAAGCUUGGGAGCGAGGAGUCAUGGAUUAGAGGGCACGUUGAGAGAUCGAGGUGAGGUAGGCUUGGAAACAGGAGGUUGUUCGACAUUGGCGGAGGAAGGCAGUCAUGCGGAUGCUGGGAACGGGGAUGCGGAUCGGGAAAAAGGGAGGAGUCUAUUGGCUCGGCUGGUGCCUGGAUGCCAGAACCUGCAGCGGUUUGAGGGGUGGGAUGACAAGGAAUGUGUGCUGUAUGUGCUGGAUGCUACUCAAGGGCUGAGUAGGGAUGUGGGGGGUGACUCACGAGAUGCAGCGGCGCGCCGAGCCGUCGACAACCAGCCCGUGACGGAGAUUCGAUACGCCGACCUUGACGCGCUACCCGCAGACGUGUGGCGGCGCAUCGCAAAUGUGGUAGUGGAGAGAGGUGACGAGUGCUACUGCUCGUGGCCGCUGGUUUCGUGCGCCAUCGCCAUGCCGUGCGUGCGACGCGCACUAUCAGAGGACGCGGUUCUCGUGUUCUACGAGACUUGCCAGUGUCCUCCCCCCACCAUCCCCCUCGCUCAACAAAUGCGCAGCUUCGCAUGGCUACCCAAACAGCACCCUCGGCCCUCCCAGCUCUUCAUCUCUGUCGAUACUUCACCUCCGCGCCUCUUUUGCUCCCUCUUACGCUCCUGCGUUUUCCCUUACCUAUCCUCCCUCACUUCUGUCAAUCUCGACUUCUCCCAACGCCUCCCCUCCCCUCCUCGCCUUCUCUACUCGCUCUCUCAAGCGCCGCGCCUCCACUCAAUUUCUCUUGAUCAUGCCGUUGAACGGACAGACGGCGUCCACGAGGUGGUGCGGCGUCCCUGCAACGACUCAGUGCUCGUGGCGGAGAUGUGGGAGCUGAUCUCAAUCAUGGAGGAGAGGAACCCGGAUGACCCGGACAGGCCUUUUCCCGUGCUGUCUCGCCUCGAGCUCUCACUCCCCACCUGCUCGCCUCUCGUCCUCCGCUUCGUCUCCUGCCUCUCUGGCCAGCUUCACUAUCUCUAUCUUUCUUUUUCUGCGGGUCAAUUUGCAGCUCAGGAGGCCGAAGAGGGUGCUGAGAGCAGUACGGAAAACAUGGACGGUCGAGAGUCGUGUGCUUUACACCUGCCGCUGGCCACUAACGUCUCAUUGAUCGGGAUUGACUGCUCCGUUUCGAUCUCCGCCCCUCGUCUCAUGGACCUCGGCUUUCACUGGAAGUCCCGCCACUCCCAGCUGCACCUGCUCCCCACCUGCCCUGCUCACCUGACAUUUCUCUUCCUUUUCACCGAUGGGACCUGUCCCUGGGCGUUCCACGCGCCCCACCUCACCUCGCUUGACUCCCUCUGCACCAGCAUGCAGCCAGAGCAGGCGGCAUGCCUCCCGCCGGGUGUGAUAGCGACCGUCAAGGCCCUAGAGUGGAGGAAUCCUAUAGAUUCCCAGUCGCUGGAUCUGAGUGCUUGGCACGGCCUGCGGUGUCUCCACGCUGUUCACUGGGCCCCUCUACCUCUGUCAGUCUUUCGCUCGGGUGAGCUCUGGCCUAGUGGUUUGGAGGGGAUGUUUUUCACGAGGAUUGGGAGCGAUGUUGUGGGGUUUCUUGAGAGUGGGUUGGAAGGAGACGAUGGGGGGGAAAUACAGGGAACGAGGAGCCAUGGAGGGGAGGGCACGUCGAGAGGCUGA